CUUUAUGUCAAAAGACGAUCCUUUUGCAACAGGCGAACCACCAACCCUUUAAAACUCUUUGCUGCAUUUCACUUCCCUGUGCUGGUAACAUUAAAAUGCGAGCCUAUAAACAAGAAGCUGGUUAGUACAGAAAACAAUAUCGAACAGAAGAGAGCACUAGCAUUAAGACGACGACAAUGGACACCCCUCCCAUCGUCCUCGUUUUCUUCUACGGACAGCUGUGGUGGAACUAUGUCUCCGCAAAUCCUACACCUCCAAACCCUCGUCCGGCAGUAAUUGGGCCCCCAGCUCGUUUGCAGCAAACCAGCACAUCGGGUGACCCAGUCAAAGAUGGAAGGCAAACGCCCACCACAAAGCCCGGGCUCCCUCCAGGAGAAGAGCCCAAGCCUUACGACGGACACACGAUCGCUGCAGUUCUCAUUGGGGUCAUCCUGACUGUCAUGAUCAUAGUGAUUGUUGGCAUUUUCCUGUGGAGGCGGUGGAGAAAGGCGUCGUCGUCGCCUCUUCCCCACUGGGCAGGCCGCUCCCCAUUUGCAGACGGAGAUAUCCCAGAUGUCGGAGCAGAGAAAGAGCCUGCGCCCGGUGUGAAGCGCACGUCUGUCCUCUCCCUUCUGCCUUGGAAAUUUAACAAGGAUACGCAGCUGCUGGAAAGCGUGGGCGGAGAAGCGUCUGAACCGGAGCAAAAUCUGGAGGCUUCAUCUAAAUGCGGUGCCGAAGAAACAGGGAAAAGGUCUAGCCUAGCGACAACAGGGAACUCCGUUUCUUCCACAAGCCUGGAAACGGGCGUCUCUGAGGGGUCGAGCAUCUUGACCCACGUUCCGCUUCAGGCUGAUGACCCAGAUCCGCUUGAGCUGCCUCCUCCACCCAACUGGCUCGGUGAAGUCAACGGAGAUCUCUCUCCCAAUCACCCCGAGACCCUUUCAGUUCAAGCAAGUACAGAGAACCAGUGUGCUGUUCCCGUAGAUCAACUCUCCUCUCAGAAUCCAGGUGAAGCAAUGCUCCUCCCUCCACCACCCGAAGAUUUCUGCGUAACUGAAUUAAAUGGAUAACCAGGUGGCAAAUCCUGCAAGAUUAAAGGUCCAUCUAGUCCAGUAUCUCAUGUUCCCAACAGUGACCCGCCAGAUUCUUCCAGGAAGACCACAAGCAGGGCGUUAAAGAAAGGUCCGCUCCUGCUGUUUGUUCCUCAGUAUUCAGACGAACACUGCCUUGGCACAUGGAGGCUCCACCGAUAACGUAUCCUCCAUGAAUUUGUGCUUCUGUUUGUUUUUCUUAGUUGCCCAAGGCUUCUACUUCUAUGGGACGCCUUCUUGCCUGAUCACACUGGGACCCUCUUGGACGUGUUUUACCUUGUCUCACCAUGAUGUAACAUUUAAUGUGAGCUUUUAUUGCAGAGUUUUUAAAUAAUCUUAAUUUUUGU